AUGACCACCCCUCACGAAUACGUCACCCUCGUCUCUGGCGACGGCUUCGAAUUCGUCCUCCCGCGCUCAACCGCUUGCAUCUCCAAGACGCUCUCCAUGAUGCUCGAUCCCAACAGCAAGUUCUCCGAAGCGUUGACCGGCCGCUGCGUGCUCGAGAAUAUCCCUGGCGUUGUGCUCGAGAAGGUCUGCGAGUAUCUGUGCUACAACGAGAAGAAUAAGAACCAGACCAAUGUUCCCGACAUGGAGAUUCCGCCGGAGUUGUGUUUGGAGUUGUUGAUGGCGGCGGAUUAUCUGGAUGUUUGA